AUGAGUCAGGUAGUCAAGAUCUGUGGACUCAAGUCUGUCACCGAGGCUCAAGUGGCAGUUGACAGCGGGGCGCAUCUGUUGGGAGUGAUUGUGGUACCAAAUAGAGCAAGAACUGUGGACCCUGAGCAAGCCAGACAGAUAAGCAAGUUGUGUCAGGCAACACGGCGAUCGCUCGGGCGUGAGUUUGUGGACCCCAAAAAGCUCCUUGAGCAUGUACGAAAAUCAGAUGCUGAGGGACCUGAGUGGUUUCGGCACUGUGCGCAGUUGAUCACCGAGAACGGGCCGUAUUUGGUAGGGGUAUUCAGAAACCAGCCUUUGGACGAUGUCAUGAAGCUCUCGCAGGACCUGGAGCUAGAUUUCGUGCAGCUACACGGGUCAGAGGAUUUUCCGCUCUACAUCAGUCAUCUUGAUCUGCCCGUGAUCGCCAGAUACGUGCUAAACAAGCCCAACAUCGCAGAGGCUACCAAAACGCAUCUACAUAUACUUCCUUUGCUAGACUCAGAGCUCGGAGGUGAGGGCAAGGUCAUCAACUGGGACGAUGCUGAAGAGUUCAGCAAGCAAUACCAGGGCGUAUACCUGCUGGCAGGCGGUCUCAAGCCGGAAAACGUGCGCCUGGCGUUGUCGGUGCAAGGAUGUUUAGGGGUAGACGUGAGCGGCGGAGUGGAAACGGACGGGGCGAAGGAUCUCGACAAAAUUAGGCAUUUCAUUGCCACUGCCAACUUUAUAGAGUGA